AUGUCUCAAGAUAGCGCCGUGCGGCAUGCAUUUUACUGGGACCUGACCAUGCUGCUCCUGAUGGUGGGAAACCUGAUCAUCAUCCCCGUGGGCAUCACAUUCUUCAAGGAUGAGAACACCACGCCCUGGAUCGUCUUCAACGUGGUGUCCGACACAUUCUUCCUCAUCGACUUGGUCCUCAACUUCCGCACAGGGAUCGUGGUGGAGGACAACACGGAAAUCAUCCUGGACCCGCAGCGCAUUAAGAUGAAGUACCUCAAAAGCUGGUUCGUGGUGGAUUUCAUCUCCUCCAUCCCCGUGGACUACAUCUUCCUCAUCGUGGAGACACGCAUCGACUCGGAGGUCUACAAGACUGCCCGGGCCCUGCGCAUCGUCCGCUUCACCAAGAUCCUCAGCCUGCUGCGCCUCCUGCGUCUCUCCCGCCUCAUUCGCUAUAUUCAUCAGUGGGAGGAGAUCUUCCACAUGACCUAUGACCUGGCCAGCGCUGUGGUGCGCAUCGUGAACCUCAUCGGCAUGAUGCUGCUGCUGUGCCACUGGGACGGCUGCCUGCAGUUCCUGGUGCCCAUGCUGCAGGACUUCCCAGACGACUGCUGGGUCUCCAUCAACCACAUGGUGAACAAUUCCUGGGGGAAGCAGUACUCCUACGCCCUCUUCAAGGCCAUGAGCCACAUGCUAUGUAUCGGCUAUGGACGGCAGGCGCCCGUGGGCAUGUCCGACGUCUGGCUCACCAUGCUCAGCAUGAUCGUGGGCGCCACCUGCUACGCCAUGUUCAUCGGCCACGCCACCGCCCUCAUCCAGUCCCUGGACUCCUCUCGGCGCCAGUACCAGGAGAAGUACAAGCAGGUGGAGCAGUACAUGUCCUUCCACAAGCUCCCGCCGGACACGCGGCAGCGCAUCCACGACUACUACGAGCACCGCUACCAGGGCAAGAUGUUCGACGAGGAGAGCAUCCUGGGCGAGCUGAGCGAGCCGCUGCGGGAGGAGAUCAUCAACUUCAACUGCCGCAAGCUGGUGGCCUCCAUGCCCUUGUUCGCCAAUGCGGACCCCAACUUCGUGACAUCCAUGCUGACCAAGCUGCACUUCGAAGUCUUCCAGCCGGGGGACUACAUCAUCCGCGAGGGCACCAUCGGCAAGAAGAUGUACUUCAUCCAGCACGGCGUGGUCAGCGUGCUCACCAAGGGCAACAAGGAGACCAAGCUGGCUGACGGCUCCUACUUUGGAGAGAUCUGCCUGCUGACACGGGGCCGGCGCACGGCCAGCGUGCGCGCCGACACCUACUGCCGCCUCUACUCGCUGAGCGUGGACAACUUCAACGAGGUGCUGGAGGAGUACCCCAUGAUGCGGCGCGCCUUCGAGACCGUGGCGCUGGACCGCCUGGACCGCAUCGGCAAGAAGAACUCCAUCCUGCUGCACAAAGUCCAGCACGACCUCAACUCGGGCGUCUUCAACUACCAGGAGAACGAGAUCAUCCAGCAGAUCGUGCGGCACGACCGCGAGAUGGCCCACUGCGCGCACCGCGCCCAGGCCGCCGCCGCAGCGCCCUCGCCCGCGCCGCUCAUCUGGACCCCGCUGAUCCAGGCCCCGCUGCAGGCCGCCGCCGCCAACACCCCCGUGGCCAUCGCCCUCACCCACCACCCACGCCUGCCCGCCGCCAUCUUCCGCCCACCCCCGGGGCCCGGGCUGGGCAACCUGGCGGCCGGGCAGACGCCGAGGCACCUGAGGCGGCUGCAGUCGCUGAUCCCGUCGACUCUGGGCGCCGCCUCGCCCGCCAGCAGCCCGUCCCAGGUGGACACGCCGUCCUCGUCCUCCUUCCACAUCCAACAGCUGGCUGGCUUCUCCGCGCCCGCCGGAUUGAGCCCUCUCCUGCCCUCGUCCAGCUCGUCCCCGCCGCCGGGGGCCUGCGGCUCGCCCCCCGCCCCCACUCCGCCCGCCGCCGCCCCCACCGCUGGCCUCAGUCACUUCCACAAGGCGCUGGGCAGCUCCCUGUCCUCCUCCGACUCGCCGCUGCUCACGCCGCUGCAGCCCGGCGCCCACUCCCCGCAGGCCGUCCAGCCGCCGCCACCGCCGGCCCUGCCCGGGCCCGGCGCGGGGGGCAGAGGUGGCCUGGGACUGCUGGAGCACUUCCUGCCGCCUCCGCCCUCGUCCAGGUCCCCUUCGGCCAGCCCCGGGCAGCUCGGCCAGCCUCCGGGGGACUUGUCCCCAGGUCUGGCCGCUGGCCAGCCAAGUACACCAGAGACGCCCCCGCGGCAGCCUGAGCGCACGUGCUUGGUGGCAGGGGCCUCCGGGGGGGCCUCCCCCGUAGCCUUUCCCCCUCGAGGAGGCCCCAGCCCCCCUGGCCACAGCCCAGCCCCCCCCAGAACUUUCCCAAGUGCCCCGCCUCGGGCCUCAGGCUCCCACGGGUCCUUGCUCCUGGCCCCGGUGUCCAGCCCCCCACCUCCCCAGGUUCCCCAGCGCCGGGCUACACCCCCUCUCACCCCAGGCCGCCUCACCCGGGACCUCAAGCUUAUCUCCGCCUCCCAGCCAGCGCUGCCCCAGGACGGGGCGCAGACUCUGCGCAGAGCCUCCCCGCACUCCUCCGGGGAGUCCAUGGCCGCCUUCCCUAUGCUCCCCAGGGCUGGGGGCAGCGGCGGCGGGGGCGGCGGGAGCCUUGGUCCCCUGGGGAGGCCCUAUGGUGCCGCCCCCGGCCAGCAUGUCACUCUGCCCCGGAAGACAUCCUCAGGUUUUUUGCCACCCCCACCGUCUUUGUUUGGGGCAAGAGCCAGCUCUUCUGGGGGUGCCCCUCUGACUGCUGCACCCCAGAGGGAACCGGGUGCCAAGCCUGAGCCAGUGCGCUCCAAACUGCCUUCCAAUCUGUGAGCGGGGCCCUGGCCUCCUCUCCCUCUUCUUUUUCUUUCUUCUCCCUUCUCCCUUCCUUCAGGUUUAACUGAUUAGGAGGUAUACCAGUAUCAAUAAUAAUCACCAUCAAAAGAUCAAAAACAAAACAAAAAAACAGAACCCUCACCAGAAAAACAAAGACAGCAGAACAUAACCAGGUAUUCUUAGAGCUAUCGAUUUUUGGUCACUUGCUUUUAUAGACUAUUUUAAUACUCAGCACUAGAAUCAG